AUGGGGUUGCUGUCGGGAGACUGCCAGGAAGGAGGCGGCAGCGGCCGCGGCAACGGGGAGCAGCCGGCUAGCCCGGGCUGCGUCGCGGAGGAGGAGUCCUUCCCGGCCCUGAGAGCCGGAGAGAAGGAGGAUGAGGGGGCGGAAGAAGACUACGAGGAGUAUGUGGACUUUUCCCUCCUGCCUGAUGCUCGCAGCAUUGCCUCGGAUGACUCCUUCUACCCGUCUGAUGGGGACGGCGGCUGGCUGGAGCAGGGCGAGCCCGAGUCCUGGGGCUGCUCGGAGGUGGAGGACUACGCGGACGAGGGGGCCGUCCCGGAGGCGGUGUCCCUUUUCCGUGCCGCCAGCACCAACAACGUGGGGCUGCUGAGAGCGCUUAUCCGCCGGGGACCUAGGGCUGAGGAGGUGCAGGAGACGGACCGCAACAGCCGGACUGGCCUUAUUGUUGCCUGCUACCAAGGUUUUGUGGAUAUUGUAGUAGCCUUAGCAGAGUGCCCUCAUAUUGAUGUAAACUGGCAGGACAACGAGGGGAAUACAGCACUAAUUACAGCUGCACAGGCAGGGCACAUAAUCAUCACCAACUACUUGCUGAACUAUUUUCCUGGUCUUGACCUUGAAAGAAGGAAUGUAUUUGGAUACACAGCUCUGAUGAAAGCUGCCAUGCAAGGUCGAAUUGAAUGCAUCCGAGCUUUAAUGUUGGCAGGAGCAGAUGUCCAUGCAACCGAUCCCAACAGAGGGAUGACUCCACGGGAAUGGGCAUCUUAUACAGGCAGGUCUGAGGCUGUCUGGGUUAUUCAGAGACUGUUGGACAGGCCCUGUCCAGAGCAGUUCAGUGAACAGUAUAAGCCAGAGUGGCCAGUGGUGAAGGACAUUCUUGUCAAACCAGCAGAGCCCAAGAGCUGUUUACAGAGGCUAACUGAGUGCUUUCGGUCAAUCUUGUCUUCCCGCCACGUCCAAGGACCUGAAGAUGGGGGAGUCCUUGACCAUAUGGUUCGAAUGACCACGAGUCUCCACAGCCCUGCUGUGGCAAUUGCCUGCAAGACUGUGUGCCCUGAGAACCCCCCCUGUGUGGGGAAGAGGCGCCUUGCAGUGCAGGAGAUCCUCUGGCACCAAAACACUGGAGAAGCCCACGAUCAUGAGAAGGGCAAGGUGGAGAGCUGUGAGGUCUUUCAGAGCUGCCAGGUUGAGGUGGUUCCCCAAACGUGCAACUUUACAACUGCUCAGGGGAGCUCUGCAGUUUCCCGGAAGGCCAGCCUCUUACCCCUGCAUUUGUUAAGGAGGAGUAGCGUGAGACCAGGCUUUGUCAUUCCAAAGGUCCGCAUCAACAAGGCCCCCACUCCCACUUUUCAGCCAGAACGAGUGAAGAAGAAGAGCCGAAGUGUGAAGGAUAAUACCUAUCUGCAGAUUCCUAAAUGGAGAUACAAGGAAGCAAAGGAGGAGAGGAGAAAAGCAGAGCAGGCAGAAAAGAAGAAAGCAGCGGAAGCUCCAAAAGAAAGACGAGCAUCUCCCUGGAGGAGUAGGACUUGAAGCCAUGGUGGAGUUUCAGCAUCUAGGAUCAGCUUCCCAAAUGCAGGCUCGAGGGGCUCUCUGCUCAGCCAAUGGCCAUGCGACGUGGGGGUGUCCCUUUGGGUCAUGCUGAGAAGGCACGUAGGGAGAAAGUGAGGAGAAUGCUGAGUGAACACAAGGGUUUGGGGAGAUUCAGCUCAUGUCAGCUGCUUGAGCCUGUCGAGUGAAAAGGUGACAUUUUCCUUUGCUGCUAUGUCUAACUCAGGGCUCCAAGGUUCCUGUAUUGCCUAUCCUCUCCUUUGGUCUGAGUGAAAAUGUAGAAAUUGUCAUGGUGAAUUGGUAAUGCUGCUGUGAGAUUUGGUAGCUGGGCAGUGAUUCUGCCAGGUAUGAAGAAGGUGGUUACUCUAGCUAAUGGAAAACAAACCACCUAUAUAAAUUCCUCCCCCAUCUCCAAGGGAAGGUGGGUGGGAUUGCUUGUGCUGACCCCUCUUCAACCUCACCCCAAACCCUCUCUUAAUUUUUCCCCACAUUGUGGUCCUUGAUGUUCUUUUGACCUAAAUUUCACCACUUAAAAAUAUAAGUAAAGGGAAACCAGAAGGGAGUAUAAACAACUCCCAUCAGGCCUGUACCCUGUAGAAGAAACCAUGGUACCACUUAUAUCAGAGCCAGUAAGGAAGGGUAGUGAAUCCAUGACCAUAGGUAUUGUGGAAUAUUUGUAAUGCACACACUACUGGCAGUGGCAUAGAGAUACCGUACAUUUCCAAAAUACUGACCUCUCCCCUAUUCCUCCCAUAUUCAAGGACUGUGCAGUUAAGUGCCUAACACAGUACUCUGCAUACAGUAAACAAAAUAAAUGUUUAUGAAAUUAAAGUUUAAUUUAAUCACAUCCACCUUGUACUAAUCUCUCUCUGUAACAUUAGGACUUCACCAUUCAGAUGUUAUCUUUGCCAAUUCCAACAUUGUCAAGGGGUCUAUCUAUAUAUUAUGUACAUGAGUGGUUCCUGAAAUGUGGGCCACUUACUUCAUCCAUUUUAUGUGAUUUUAAA